AUGGCCGAUUUUUUUUCACUAGGAGGAGGAGUAGGAAGAGAAGCAACAAGUAGUCAAGAAUAUCAUCAACAUCAUCAAGAAACUACUAAUAGUACUCACAAUUGGUUCUUGUACAAACAUCAUGAUCAAGAAUUACCAACAUACAAAGGUUUCGAACUAUGGCAACAACAACAACAACAACCUCAUCACAACGAUGAGGAGCAAAAUUACCAAAUUCUUCGAAACCCCAUUAUUAAUCCAUUUGGAUUAGAUAUUGGGCCUAGUAAUGAUCAUCAUCAUCAUCAUCAUGAGACUAAUAUGAUGAUGAGAAGUAAUACUAUUACAAUAAGUUGUCAAGAUUGUGGGAACCAAGCUAAGAAAGAUUGUCAACAUAUGAGAUGUAGGACUUGUUGUAAGAGUAGAGGUUUUCAAUGUCAAACACAUGUGAAAAGUACUUGGGUUCCAGCAGCUAAAAGAAGAGAAAGGCAACAACAACUUGCUUCUUUGCAACCACAACAACAAGAAGAAGAUAAUAACAAGUCCAAAAGACAAAAAGAUGAUUCAAAUACCGGGUUAGAAAUUGCAAAUAAUUUUCCAUCAAAAGUAAAUUCAACAGCUGUGUUUCAACGUGUUAGAAUGAGUUCAAUUGAAGAAAAUGAAGAUCAAAUAGCAUAUCAAGCUGCUGUUAAUAUUAAUGGACAUAUAUUCAAAGGAAUAUUAUAUGAUCAAGGUGAUAAUCAUGAGUACAAUUAUAUGAAUGGUGGUGAUCAUGACAGCUCAUCGGGUGGUGAUCCCGUGCCACGUCACCAUAAUCUUAAAAUUACUGGCACCGCCAUGUCAGCCGUGAAUGACACGACUGUAGGGGGUGGCGGUGGUGCUUCCGCGGUGGCCGUGGAAGGAUCAUCACAUUUUCUAGAAACUUCUUUAUACUCUAGUGUUAACACUUUCGUGGCUGGUACGCAAUUUUUUCCACCUUCAAGAUCUUGA